UUGCAAGCAAACGGUUGUCGAUGCUCUCUCGGUAGCCAAUACCACGCGUCGUCGCUGCCACGUGAAUAUCAAUAGGGAAAAGGAACCCAAAAAUAAGCACGCGCGCGUUACACAUAUGCGCCUGUAUGUGUGUGUGUGAGUGUGACUGUGUCGGUGCCUGUGUGCGUGCAUUUAUUUUUAAGCAGCGGCUAAUGUAAAAGUGUACAACAAAGUAGAAAAAGAUAUAAAAAGCAAUAAAUAAUCAAAAAUCUAUAAAUAAAACAGGCGGCUGCAGUUGACAAAAAAGCAGAAAUACAAGAGAUUCGAACCGAGCGAAAUGAAAGCGAAAUUCAAAUUCGAACAGCUGCUGGCAGCGACGCUCUGCUCGCUGCUCGCUCUACCCGCUGUCGCCGUUGCCGUCGCUGCUGCAAUCGAAGCGCAACCCGGCAACAGUUAUGGCGCCUCCUUCAUAUCAAAUCCGGCUAUAUAUGCCUAUACCGUGGCCAAUCAGCAGCAGCAACAACAACAAAGACAAAAUCCCGACAAUCAAAACUUCAUAAAUUUUGAUGCUGGCAAUUCGAAUGCAAAUGUGAAUGGCAAUUACCGCAAUUACUACUAUACGGAUGCCAAUGCCACGCCCACGCUGAAUACGCCUGCAGCAAGUGCAGCCACGGCCGCAGCCACACAGCCAGCCCCACUAACGGGCUGCACUCUGGACCGUCUGGCCGUCUAUAAGGUCGUCCUGCACACCUAUUGGACUCGUGAACUCUUCCCCAAACACUAUCCCGACUGGCGACCCACUGCCCAAUGGACCAAGACCCUAGGUCGCACACACAAUGCCAACUAUGCGCUUUACCACAUCGGACAGCCGGCAACGGCAGGCGUUAAACAGUUCGCCGAGACGGGCAAAACGGAGCUACUGGACAGCAAUGCCGGUGAACAGCAGCAGCAACAGAUGCAGGCACAGAAAACCUCAGCAGCAGCCGGCGCUGGAGUGGGAGUAGGAGUGGGAGAAGGAUCUGCUCCCACAAUGUCCGAGCGCAGCGUAUUUGACGAGUUUAGCCUGCCGGCCAUUCAGCUGGGAGCGGGACGCAGCGAAGCGAAGGUGUUUGUGGACAGCAAUCACAGUUUGGUAUCGCUAAUGACGCGCGUUGUGCCCUCGCCGGACUGGUUUAUUGGCGUGGACUCGUUUGAGCUUUGUGUGGGUGGCUCUUGGAUUGAUACGGUGACCGUGGAGCUGGAUCCACUUGAUGCCGGCACCGACAACGGCUUCACCUUUACCGCACCCAACUGGCCGACAGCGCCGCAGGGCGUCAUCUAUCGCAUCACCUCACGAUAUCCAGCCCAUCCGGCUGGCAGCUUUUACUAUCCGAAGAGCAAGCGCUUGCCGCCCAUUGCCACGUUCCAGUUUAUCAAGCUAAAGGAGUACGAACUAAGCGAAGUAUUCAACAUUGCCGAGGACGAUCGCAAAUAUGAAACAGUUCAGACACAAACCCACCUGGACGCCGAGCACAAUCACGUGGAGAUGAACAACGAGCUCUCAGCUAGCAUCGAACGCGAGAGGCAGAGGGACAGGGACUGGGAGUUGCAGACACCGUUUACUGAUGAGAGGCAACGCAUUCGUUCGCAGCUGCUGGCCAAAAUGAAUCCCAACUACAACAACAGUCAACAGUCGGGCGUGGUCAAUGUGGUGCCCAAAAAUGAUAAGCAUGCACUGCUGCAGAGCAUUGCGAGCAGUUACAGACGCAACGAUGCGGCCAACAAAAACAUGACUAGCUACCCGGCAAAGGUUGCAGCCUCGGCCGCCUCUGCUGGGUCGGGCACAACAGCACGCAUAGGCUCAGGCGCUGCAUCAGGCUCCGUAACUGGCUCGACUCGACGUCGCGCUUCAUUGGCGGCGUCGAAGCGGCGUCGCGACUGCCGCGUGAGCCACUGGUCCGAGUGGACGGCCUGCAGCAAGAGCUGCGGCAUUGGCGAGAUGCAUCGAUAUCGCAAAGUCAUCAAGCAUGGCAAGCGCGGGGGCCGGCCCUGCCCGGCGCUCCAGCAGUCCAAAUGGUGUGGCACCGAGCGCAACUGUCACGGGCCGCAGAGCUAUUUUAAUUGGUCCGACUCAGACACAUGAACGCGCUCUGCUCCAGCACAGGCCAUAGAAAUAUAAUUUUAAUUUAAGGCGUAAGAAUUGCUUUUUGUGGACAACAGUCAAGAGGGAGAUGGAAAGUGGAAGGCAGAGACCAGAGACCAGAGACCAGAGAGAGGCAGAGACACAACCCCAACAACUGCUGAGCGAUUUUAAUUUAAAUUUAGAUUACGAUACGAAAUUGAAAAUUGAUUUUAAAAGUGCACGCAAAUGAAGACAGUAACAUUUUCGACAUAUAUAGAUAUAAACGGAGAAAUAAUGAAAAGGAAAAUCAUGAAAUUGCAUAUGAAACCGAAGACUACUGACAAUAUUAAAACAAAAAGGAUUUAAAGAAAACAAAUGAAGCAAGAAAACUCUCACACAUUUGGCUUACACGAAAGAAAAUUA